AUGAAUAUGGGGGCCAAUGGAGCAGAGGUGUGUGGAGAGGUGGUAUUAAUAGCUGAUGAACUGAGCAGAGCAGUGGAGCUCACUCUCAAUCCUAGUGUUGCACAUGAAGCUAGAAGCCAAGCUUACAAUGCUUGUGAAAGUUUCAAAGAAAAUUCACCAUGGUGUGCUCAGGCUGGUUUACUGUUGGCAAGUGGGGGUCAGUACUCCCCAGUUGUUAAACAUUUUGGAUUGCAGCUCAUGGAGCAUACUGUUAAAUAUAGAUGGACCCAAAUAACUCAAGCUGAAAAAUUGUACAUAAAGGAGAAUGCAAUGAAACUUCUAUACAUGGGAGGAUGGGAAACAGGUCAUUUGAAUGAUGCAUUAGCUCGAGUUAUUGUAGAGAUGAUUAAGCGUGAGUGGCCACAACAAUGGCCAACACUUUUGGCUGAGUUGAGUGAUGCUUGUUCACGUGGACAUUUGCAUACUCAAAUUGUGCUGCAUGUCUUUUUAAGACUUGUAGAGGAUGUUGCAACUUUACAAACAUUAGAACAGCAUCAGCGGCGUAAAGAUAUUUACCAAGCUCUGACAAGCAAUAUGGCUGAAAUAUUUGCAUUCUUUAUGCGUCUUAUUGAACUCCAUGUUCAAGAAUUUAGAGAAAAGACUGCAGCCGGGGACUAUGCUGGGGCUGCAAGUAGCGGCAGGGUUGUACAGGUGGUAUUGCUGACUCUCACGGGAUUUGUAGAAUGGGUAUCCACAAAUCAUGUAGUGACAAACAAUGGACGUUUGCUGCAAAUACUGUGCAUUUUGCUACAAGAUGAUGUAUUUCAAUUGCCCGCUGCUGAAUGCUUAUUGCAAAUAGUUAAUAGGAAAGGCUCCGCAAAAGAGCGAAAGCCACUAAUGAUAUUAUUGAGUGAAGACGCAAUCUCAUGCAUCCAUCGUGCUGCUGUUGCCAGUAUUUCAGCAAUGGACGAAAAUCAUUACUUGUUCCUAAAGAAACUCUCACAGGUCCUUGCCGGUCUUGCCCAACAAUUGACGUCUCUAUGGAACUUUGCGACUAAUGUGGAAUCAUGGAUGCCGCUUUUACUUGAGACCACACUACUUCUGACAUCACAUCCGUCUCUUACACUCGUCCAUACAGCGAAUUCUGUAUGGCUAGCGUUUUUAAAGCACGAUCAGAUUUCGAAGCUACCAAAUGUGUUGGCCGUUGUACCGAGAUGGUUGCACGCUGCCGCUCCUAAGGUUUUGAAGGUUACAUACCCAUCAUCCCGUGUGAGCGGCUCCAAUGACGCAGUGCAAUACGCGUGUAUCGACUACGAUAGUGAACAAGAAUUUAUUAUAUUCUUCAGCCGUUGCCGAACAGAAGUAUUGGAAAGUUUUCGAUACUGCAUGGUAGCGGCUCCGCUAGUAACGUGGUCAUACGUGGAGCAAUGGACGCAAACGGCGUUGGAUAAAUUAGAUGCGCCCGUUGCGAAUGACUUGCACGUCGAAUGGGAAGCGCUUGCGCAGGUACUUGACGUGGUCCUAUCUCGUCUCUUGCAAGCGGAACCCAGACCCAACGUAGCGGAAGGUUUGCGGUUGCUUCAGCGAUGCGUCUCCUGCGAACCACCAGCGCCGUUACUCUUGUCUCUGCUUUUGUCUUUCAUAUCUGCAUUGUUCGUGUUUCUUAGCUGUGCUUACAGUCAAUUGGCAGGUCCAACUGUAGGUUGCGCAGGCGCUGAAUUACUGCCACGAGUGCUGGAUAAAAUAUUUAAUGUACUCGUAUAUGAAGGAUCGCCCCCAGAAGAUCGAAGCUCGCGUAGUGUUAAAAAUGUUCGCAGACACGCAGCUGGAUUGUUGGUUAAACUUGGAUCAAAGUACCCAUUACUCCUCCUACCCGUAUUCCCGCGGCUUCAUGAGAUGUGUCGCGCUGCACUUGCUCGGCCCGAUCUUAGUGCAGUGGAGAGCGUCACAUUGCAAGAAGCCCUGCUGCUGGUCUCCAAUCACUUGUGCUGUUAUGAGCGUCAAAGCGCGUUGGUUGCUCAGGUGUUAGGAGACUGUAGCGUCCGAUGGGCAGCUCUAUCUGAGCACUUAACAAGCGCACAGUCUUUGGCCCAUCUAAUAGGCCUGGAUGCGCCCCCGUCGGACACAGACGAAGAACGCGGUACCGCCCGUCGGACAUUGUUACACGCUUUAACACUCGCAUUGGGCGUUGUGAAGCGGACUUGUGUGCCUGCUGACCCGGAUAAGGCGGCUAGGGGCGGCUUUGGGGCGGGGUUGACCCCAUCCGGGAAUCCGGUGUGGCGGAAUCCCGCGGCGGAACAUGUACUGCCCCUGUUUCCACAUGCUUUGGCUUUGGGUCGCGCUCUUCACGAACUGCACGCUCCGGGGGCGGAGUCCCUACGAGAUCCUGCGCAUAGCCGAGCCCUUCAGCCCCCACCGGCAGAGCGCCGCAAUCUGCUAGGGCUCCGGGAUGAUACCCCACUGGCGCCCCUUUCUCCACAGCCUAGUACCCCGCAGGAUAGAAUGCAGAACUUCUUGCACACCUUGCAUGAUAAUGUGUGUCAACUAGUAGGCGCAGCAGCUGCCUCCCUGGGCCGAGAGCUAUACGGCGCGGCAGGUCUAGCACGAGCUAUAUGUGGAUCGCUCAUAUCAGCCCCUUCACGACUUCCAGACCACUGGCUCCGUAGAGUUCUACGAGCUGCCUUACGACCUUUGCUAUUGCAUUGCCCUCCAGCUCAUUAUAGGGACGUUGCCUUACCCCUAUUGCAGCAUACGGCACCGCUAAUGGUGGUACAUCUGUCCCAAAGAUGGGACUACGUGACGUCACUGUACGAGUCCGGGAAGCUGGAGGAAGAGAGUGGAAGUGAGUCGCAGGAAGUGUUGGAAGAUAUGUUAGUACGACAUCUCACUAGGGAGUACUUGGAAGUUUUAAAGGUAUCUCUAGUAGAAGCAGCCCCAACAGAAGCAAGUAUCGAUGGAAUGGAAGAAGAAAUGCCCACCGCCAGUCCUGCGCGUACGCCGGAGCACGUGUCAGAACUGGGAGCCGUGUUACUGGCUGAUCCCAUUGCUGGGCCUGCUCUAUUGCAUACGAUACUUCGAGCUUUAACAUGGAACGACUCGACGUCCUCGUUACGGGCGUGUGCGUUGGCCCUUCCGGCGUUACGAGCAGCGUUAAGUAACGGCGCCGUUAGCGCUGGGGAGGCUAACGGGGCGUUGGCGGCUGUUCUACACGCCUUGAGGCUACACGGACAGCAUGAGGCUAAUCAGGCGGCCUUGCUGUCGCUUGCUGUACAGGCCUAUGAAGCUCUCCGACCACGUUUCCCAGAAGUAGCGAACGUGUUAGGCGCGAUACCGGACGUAGAUGCGCACGAUUUGCGAAGGUUGGACGAAAAGCUCGCGGCCAACAACGCGCGACCAGCUAAGAUCGAUAAGAGCAAGAAGGAUUUGUUUAAGAAAAUUACGUCGAGGCUGAUCGGAAGAAACGUAGGCCAAUUAUUCAAGAAGGAAGUGUUCAUACUAAACCUACCAGCGAUGAAUGUACCUAAAGAGAAACCGCGUAGCGCCGUCGAAUCACCCGAAGGGGCGGGGCUUGACAAACUAUUCGCUAACGGGCCCACAUAA